AUGACGACCUCCCCGCGCGGCGAGGCCCCGGCCGCCGCCGCCGCCGCCGCCCCCGCCGCCGCCCACUUCGCGUCCGUGUGCGUCUACUGCGGCUCGAGCGCGGGGGAUCGCCCCGAGUUCGCGGACGCCGCGAGAUCGCUCGGCGCGGAGCUCGCAUCGCGAGGAUCGCGGCUCGUGUACGGCGGCGGGAGCGUCGGUUUAAUGGGCGCGGUGUCCACGACCGCGCACGCGAACGGCGGCCGCGUCCUCGGCGUCAUCCCCGUCGCGCUCGAGCCCGUGGAAGUCUCCGGCGGGAGCGUCGGAGAGGUGAUGGUCGUCGAGGACAUGCACGAGAGGAAGGCGGCGAUGGCGGCGGCGUCCGACGCGUUCAUCGCGAUGCCCGGCGGCUUCGGGACGUUAGAGGAGCUCUUAGAGAUGAUCACGUGGCAGCAGCUGGGGUAUCACGCGAAGCCCGUGGGGGUGCUGAACGUCGCCGGGUACUUCGACCUGUUCCUGAAGUUUCUGGACGAGUCGACGGCGCGCGGGUUCAUUCGACGCGAGGCGCGAGCCAUCGUCGUCGUCGGGGACACGCCCGCGGAGCUUCUGGAUAAGUUGGAAACGUACGCGCCGCCGCGGUCGCUGAUAGAGUCGCUGGCGAAGGAAAACGGCGGUGGGGGGGGCGACGCGAAGAAGUGAGGUAGGCACGCGAGGGAGCGACGACGAGAGGGGGAGGCGCGGCGAGGGCGUCGCGGCGCGUUGAGUUAAUAAUUUAUCAUCGGAAGCGGUCGACGUCGACGAAA